ACUAUGAGCUCUCAGAUCUGUCAAAAUUAUUCCACCAAAGCAGAAGCUGGCGUCAACCGUCUGGUCAACCUGCACCUGCGGGCCUCUUACACCCACCUCUCUCUGAGUUUUUAUUUUGACCGUGAUGACGUGGGCUUGAAAGACGUGGGACACUUCCGUGAGUUGGUGAAGGAGAAGUGUGAGGGUGCUGAGUGGCUCUUGAAGCUGCAGAACCAGCGCAGCGGGCGAGUCCUCUUCCAAGAUAUCCAGAAACCAUCCCAGGAUGAGUGGGGUGAAACCCUGGAUGCCAUGCAAGCUGAGCUGGCCUUGGAGAAGAACCUAAACCAGGCCCUUCUGGAUCUGCACACCAUGGGUUCUGCCCACACUGACCCCCAUCUCUGUGACUUUCUGGAGAACCACCUCCUGGACGAAGAAGUGAAACUGCUAAAGAAGAUGGGUGACCAUCUGGCCAACAUUAGAAGCCUGGGCGGACCCCAGGCUGGGCUGGGCGAGUAUCUCUUUGAGCAUCUCACCCUCAAGCACAACUGGGAGCCCCUCAAGUCCUACUGCCCCAUCCUCAGGGGCUCACCAUGCCAGGCCAUCACCAUGGAUGGAGGUGGGGACAGUCAGGGGCGCACAGCCAAUGAGGUCAGAGGAAAGCUGCCAGGCCUGGCCGGGGACAGAUGUGGCCUGGACCGGCCGCCGCAGGAGACGCGGGAGGAGCUGUGCAGUGGGUGGCGGGAGUGGGGGCGGUUGGCUUUCACCACCACCCACAUCUGUAACAAGACCCCCAGCGGGGGUCACACGGGGCGUCUCCAGUUGCACCCAGAACCCAGAUCCCUCACCGCUUCCCGCCUGCACCCGCCACCCUCACCACAAGAUUGA